AUUCAUCGUUCUGAAAAGGAAAGCUCAUCAGUGCAGCUUCUUGCGCAGAUCAUUUGCAAAUGAAGGACUGUGAUGGACUCCACCUCGCUCGCCAUCUGUCUUGAGAUGUAGGAUGCGGUGGGUGGCAAUAACCCUAUGAUUGCCUUGAAACUGGCCCUUUUGGGGGUGUAGUGGGUACUGUGGGCCCAUCCCAGACGGCCAUGUGGGGAGAAUAUUGGGCAUGCAAAGUCCAGUUCCGCACCUGGGAUUUCACUGGCUUGCUGUGUGAUCUCAGAAAGCCACCUAACCUCUCUGAACAUUCCUUUUCUCUUCAAGAAAAGCACAGUAAUCAGAUCUGUCCAAUUUAGCCCUCCAGUUGUUGUGAGGAUGAAACGAAGGGGUUAGGGUAGGAGAUAUCCCUGAACAUAUAUUUAAUGGACUGGGUAAUUGGGGUCUUAUAAUGACUCUUUAUUUCCCAAGAACAGGAUUAAGGAGCAAGGCAGAAUAUUCCUGAGAAAUCAGAGCGUCAUCCUAAAGCUUACGUGUUCAUGGGAGUUUUACUAACUGGAAAACAAGUGACAGCGGGAACAAAUGUGCUGAGAGACACUUCUGUGCAGUAGGAGCUGGGAAACAAGGAUAAAAAAACCUGUGCUCAUGAAGUUCAUGGUCUAGCUCAUGGGGAGGGGGCUGAGCAAACAGAUAAACGCAACGGGUGUGGGGAGGGUGAAGAGAAGUGGGAGUGUGGGAACACACAGGCAGGAACUGAAGGACAGUUUCCCAAGUUGAGCAGCAAUAGAGGGAAAGCUAUUCCUGGAAAAGACAACAGGCGCAGAUUAGCACUUCAAGAGAACCAUAAAAAUAAAUCAGUAUUUCCCAAAUUUCUCACUUGAAGUUCACUUUUACAUUUUUGGGGGCCUUGUCUCUGUACCACAUGCACUAUUUUUUUCUUUUUUUAAUUUACUGGCCAUGCUACGUGACAUGUGGGAUCUUAGCUCCCUGACCAGGGAGCGAACCCACACCCCCUGCAUUGGAAGCACGAAGUCAUUUUUUUUAAAUAGUAUUUUUAAAAAAUUUUAUUUAUUUAUUUUUGGUUGCAUUGGGGCUUCGUUACUGCGCGCGGGCUUUCUCUAGUUGCAUGGAGCAGAGGCUACUCUUCGUUGCGGUGUGCGGCCUUCUCGUUGCGGUGGCUUCUCUUGUUGUGGAGCACAGGCUCUAGGCACAUGGGCUUCAGUAGUUACGGCACGCGGGCUCAGCAGUUGUGGCACACGGGCUUAGUUGCUCCGUGGCAUGUGGGAUCUUCCCGGUCCAGGGCUCGAACCCGUGUCCACUGCAUUGGCAGGCGGAUUCUUAACCACUGCGCACCAUGGAAGUCCUGGAAGCACUGAGUCUUAACCACUGGAACACCAGGGAGGUCCUGCACCAUUUUAAGUUGACCAAUUUUUAAAAAUAUAAGUUGGGUUUAAAAAGAAAACUUUAUACAUUACUACCAUAAAUGAAAAACAUUGUUAAAACAAAAGCUAACCUUAAAAAUAUAGGCAACGGGAACUCAGUUUAUUCAAUAAAUUACUGUCAGGCUGUUCUACAUUCUGGGAUUAAAGAGGCGACAAAGACGAGAUGGAGAUAAAUUAAUGUCAGGCAGUAAUUGAUACUAGGGAGAAAACAGAAAGUGACUUAGGAGGGUUACUUUGGAUGGGGUGGUCUGGGGGGGCCCGCUAGGAGAUAUCAUUUGAGCAGAGAUCUGAAGGAAGUGGUAGACCAAAAGGAAGACGAGGUCAUUACAUCUCAACCAGAUACUGUUGCCUGCAGAAAGAAGACUGUGAGCAAGAUUCAGGGAGACGAGCAAAGGUUAGGGAGGCGUGCUCACACCCAACUGAGACUUUCUGCAAGACAGGAGGACAGAGAGAAGGCAGUCAUUCUGUCGAGGCGGUUCCAGUUGUUUAAUUCAGUCUGGGUACUCCUAGCAGAAAGCAUCCCACUUCAGGAAACACUGCAACCUUUGAGAGGUAGGCAGGCUGUUACCGCCCUGAUGGACAAAUUAGUAAACUAAAGCCAAGAAAAGUUAAAUCGCUGGGAACUGGGAACUGGGACCGGAGCGCUGCCUUAACCUCGUCCAGCCCGGUGGAGUGCCAGGUUGGGUCCAAGGAUGGGCCGGCAGGUAGAUGCUGGCUGGCUCUGGCAGCACUGUGAAGACUCCCAAUCCUCCAAUCUGUAUUCCACGCCUCUCGUUAGCCCCUUCCCAGGAGAGGCUCAAAACCCGGAGCGACGGAAUCUGCGGAGCGGGACACAAAGCACGACCGACGGAGCCGAGCAUGCGCAGUAGCCCGGCCCAGCCAGGCCGCUCUCGCCGCUGGGGGAGGGUCAUCCGAGACUGACGUCCGCGACGCCCCGGGAAGAGGAGGGCGAAGACUCCAUCCGCCAUGUUGGAUGCCGCAGAUUCGCCAUAACCGCGCCGGCUCUUUUCUUAAAAAAAUAAAAAUAAAAAGCGAAGCAUCAGCGGAGCGCCCAGCCUUCUCGGUCGGCGCGGGAGGGGGCCCGGAAGAGCCCGAGGCUUUUUUUUCCUCCGCGGUGGGGGCGUUGCCAUGGAGACGAGGGCGGCAGAAAACCCGGCCAUCUUCAUGUGUAAAUGUUGUAACCUUUUCUCACCAAGUCAGUCGGAACUCCUCUCCCACGUUUCUGAGAAGCACGCAGAAGAGGGGGUUAAUGUGGAUGAGAUCAUCAUUCCCCUGAGGCCUCUGAGUACCCCUGAACCCACCAACCCAGGCAAAAGCGGAGAUGAGUUUUCGGUCAUGAAGAGGAAGAGAGGCAGGCCAAAGGGGUCCACGAAGAAGGCCAGCCCCGAAGAGGAACUGGCGGAAAACAACGUUAUUCCCAGCGGGGACAGCCCGCGGGCCCCGGAGGGAGGGGGCAGCCUGACUCCCAGCAGCCUGGAGUGCAGCAAGUGCUGCCGGAAGUUCUCCAACCCACGCCAGCUGAGGAAGCAUAUCUGCAUAAUCGUGCUGAACCUGGGCGAGGAGGAGGGAGAGGCCGGUAACGAAUCUGACCUUGAACUGGAGAAGAAGUAUAAGGAAGAUGAUCGAGAAAAGGCCCCGAAGAGACUGCGGACUCAGAGAGUGGAGAAAGUCCAGAAGGUCUGCUCGGGAAAAGAGGCCGCGCAGAUCUCCGGAGCCAAGAAGCCCAUCAUAAGUGUGGUUUUAACGGCUCACGAAGUGAUUCCAGGUGCUACCAAGAUUGUUCCGGUGGAGGCUGGACCCCCGGAAGCAGGAGCCGCAGACCCCGAGGCCGCGGCGGCCGACCUGGCGCCCCGGAGAGGGUACCAGGAGUAUGCCAUCCAGCAGACACCCUACGAGCAGCCCAUGAAGUCGAGCAGGCUCGGGCCCACCCAGCUCAAGAUCUUCACCUGUGAGUACUGCAACAAGGUCUUCAAGUUCAAGCACUCGCUGCAGGCCCACCUGAGGAUCCACACCAACGAGAAGCCGUACAAGUGCUCCCAGUGCAGCUACGCCAGCGCCAUCAAGGCCAACCUCAACGUGCACCUGCGCAAGCACACGGGCGAGAAGUUCGCCUGCGACUGCUGUCCCUUCACCUGCCUGAGCAAGGGCCACCUCAAGGUGCACGUGGAGCGGGUGCACAAGAAGAUCAAGCAGCACUGCCGCUUCUGCAAGAAGAAGUACUCCGACGUCAAGAACCUCAUCAAGCACAUCCGCGACGCACACGACCCGCAGGACAAGAAGGUCCAGGAGGCCCUGGACGAGCUCUGCCUGAUGACGAGGGAGGGCAAGCGGCAGCUGCUCUACGACUGCCACAUCUGCGAGCGCAAGUUCAAGAACGAGCUGGACCGCGACCGCCACAUGCUGGUCCACGGUGACAAGUGGCCCUUCGCCUGCGAGCUCUGCGGCCACGGGGCCACCAAGUACCAGGCGCUGGAGCUGCACGUCAGGAAGCACCCGUUCGUGUACGUCUGCGCCCUCUGCCUCAAGAAGUUCGUCAGCUCCAUCCGCCUGCGCGCCCACAUCAAGGAGGCGCACGGGGCCGCCCAGGAGACCCUGGUCUUCACCAGCUCCAUCAACCAGAGCUUCUGCCUCCUGGGGCCCGGCGGGGACAUCCAGCAGGAGGCCCUGGGCGGGCAGCCGCAGCUGGCCGAAGAGGAGUUUGUGUUCCAGGGGGUGAAUGCGCCCAAGGAGGCGGCCGGCGCUGGGGACGGUCGUCCCGAGGAGGGGUCCAAGGCCCCAACGGAGGUGCCCCCCACGCCUGUGCGCUCAGCCGCCGCCCCAGCACCCUGCGAGCUGGCCGCCUCCGCGGUGUCCUCGGACCUUCGUCCGCACGCGGGGGUUUCCGAUGAGCUCCUGUUGAAGAGCGGUCCGUCCUCUGCCGAAGCUCUGGCUGCUCCGGAGAAGACCCUGCACACGCAGCGGGGAGGUUCCCCUCCAGCUCGGGGCCAGGACGUCGCACCGCUGCUGUCCGAGGCCAAAGGCGCCGCAGCAGACCCGGAAGCCCAGGGCGCCGAGAGCCCCCCGGCCGAAGGGCAGCAAGCGGCCGCCCUCCCAUCCGACGGCCCAGAUCCCGGCAGGGCUCUCAGGGCGAACCCAGCCGAGGCCUUGGACCCUCCUCCGGGAGCUGGUGGGAGGGACGCGGCCCCGUGCCGGCCUGGCUCUUGCACGCCCGCCCCCGAGUACCGGGCGGGCAUCACUGCGUUCAUGAAGAUCCUGGACAGUUUACAGAAGAGGCGCAUGAAUACCGGCCUGUGCGAGAGGAUCCGGAAGGUGUAUGGCGACCUGGAGUGCGAAUACUGUGGCAAACUUUUUUGGUACCAAGUGCAUUUUGACAUGCAUGUCCGCACCCACACCCGGGAACAUCUGUAUCAUUGCUCCCAGUGUAACUAUUCCUCCAUCACCAAAAACUGCCUUAAACGCCAUGUAAUUCAGAAACACAGUAACAUCUUGCUGAAGUGCCCCACUGACGGCUGUGACUACUCGACUCCAGAUAAAUAUAAGCUGCAGGCACAUCUCAAAGUGCACACAGAGCUGGACAAAAGGAGUUAUUCUUGUCCUGUGUGUGAAAAGUCUUUUUCAGAAGAUCGAUUGAUAAAGUCACAUAUCAAGACCAACCAUCCCGAGGUUUCCAUGAGCACCAUUUCCGAGGUUCUCGGGAGGAGGGUGCAGCUGAAAGGGCUCAUUGGGAAGAGAGCCAUGAAAUGCCCGUAUUGUGAUUUCUAUUUCAUGAAGAAUGGCUCAGACCUUCAGCGUCAUAUUUGGGCUCAUGAAGGCGUGAAGCCCUUCAAAUGCUCUUUGUGUGAGUACGCGGCCCGCAGCAAGAGCAACCUCAAGGCUCACAUGAACCGCCACAGCGCCGAGAAGACCCACCUGUGCGACCUGUGUGGCAAGAAGUUCAAGUCAAAGGGGACGCUGAAAAGCCACAAGCUCCUGCACACGGCUGACGGGAAGCAGUUCAAGUGCACGGUGUGCGACUACACGGCAGCCCAGAAGCCGCAGCUGCUGCGGCACAUGGAGCAGCACGCCUCCUUCAAGCCUUUCCGCUGCGCCCAUUGCCACUACUCGUGCAACAUCUCAGGCUCCCUGAAGCGGCACUACAACAGGAAACACCCCAACGAGGAGUACACCAACGUGGGCACCGGGGAGCUGGCGGCCGACGCGCUCAUCCAGCAAGGUUGUUUGAAGUGUCCUGUGUGCAGCUUCGUUUAUGGCACCAAAUGGGAGUUCAACAGGCACUUGAAGAACAAGCAUGGCCUGAAGUUGGUGGAGAACGAAGGAGAUCCCAAGUGGGAGCCAGCAACAGAAACUCCGGAGGAGCCCUCCACCCAGUACCUGCAUAUCACCGAAGCCGAAGAGGACGUCCAGGGCACACAGGCAGCGGUGGCUGCCCUCCAGGACCUGCGAUACACCUCCGACAGUGGUUGUUUGGAGUUUUGAGAUGUUCUUAUAGAGGGUGCAUUGUCGGCUGUGACGUACCAUGCACGUUAUUUCUGUGGUCAAAAUGAGCGCUUACUGAGAACCCGUGCAUCCCUGCAGAAGGCGCCACGCAAGGAUGGCCUCUGCUAAGGGCUGCUUCUGCGUUCAGUGACCUUCAUCGCCCACAGCCUUACCGGUCUCCCGUCUGCUUCUUCCUGGCAAGGUGACCGACUUGACCCCACGGCUGUAAACAUCCUCCAGCAGAUCAUCGAGCUGGGCACCGAGACCCACGACGCC